AUGGCCUCUGGGUUCCCUGUCGAUGUUCCAGUGACGAAUCUCGAUAUUGACGAUGAGAAUUUCGAGAUCGACGAUUACGACGACGAUAAUGUUUCGCUCGAUCUGCAGAAUCUCCGGCCAUCGCCAGAAUCUGCUUUUGGCAAGCUGAAGACAAAAUUCUCCAACUUACUCAAGACUCCACGCAACGAGUUCCAGUAUCUUGACACGAUUGAAAUGUUCGAUAGAAACCGGUCGGAAUCCAGUUUUGCAGACGUCGGAGACUUUGCUCCACCGAAGAAGAGGUCCCGUAAAAAACUCCUCUUCCAUUUGACAUUGAUAGGCUUUGUGGCACUGCUUCUGCUGAUUUCCUACCUGUUGACCCACAAACAAGGACAUGCUACCAUAAAGAGCGCUGUCAAACCAUUAUUGUCCAACGGAACACACCAAUUCUAUCCAUCAACCAUUCUUGUCUCCUUAGAUGGGUUUCACCCUCAUUACAUAUCUUUGGCUCUAACUCCAUUUUUGAGCAAGCUCAUCUCUGGCAAAGGUUAUGGACCCCCAUACAUGAUACCAUCAAACCCAACAGUCACGUUCGUUAACCAUUACACUUUGGUCACCGGUCUAAAGCCCAGCUAUCACGGCAUAGUGUCCAACCGGUUCUAUGACUCUGCCACAAACGAGGCAUUCGUCAACACCAAUAAUUCCAUUGCUCUCCAACCCCAAUGGUGGGGAGGAGAACCUUUGUGGUCCACGGCAGCUCGUCAAGGAGUUAGCAGUGCUGUUCAUAUGUGGCCUGGAUCUGAGGUUGACUAUAGUGCGCAGUUGAAUCCUAUGGACGUUGAUAAGUUCAACCAGUCAGAAGUUCUAUCUAGAAAGGUGGAAAGACUUAUGGAGUGGAUCGAUAGACCAAUCGAAACCAGACCCGAGCUCAUGCUGUCUUACGUGCCUACAAUCGACUCAUUGGGCCACAAGUACGGAGUUUCUGGGCCUGAACUGUCCAAGGGACUCGUGUACGUUGACAACUUCCUAGAGUCGCUUUACUGGAAUCUCGAGCAGCGCAAUUUGAGGGAUCUGGUGAAUGUGGUGAUUGUUUCCGACCACGGAAUGGCUCCAACAUCGGACGACCGUUUGAUAUAUUUGGACGACCUGGUCGAGCUGAGCAAGAUCGAACACACCGACGGCUGGCCUCUGUUUGGACUGCGUCCGUAUGCUGAGUACGAUGUGGAUUCUGUGUACGAGGAACUAUUACAAAACCGGGAAGCCGAUCCAAUGAAAGACCAUUACUCGGUCCACAAAAAGCAGGAUAUCGAGACCGUGCUCUUUGGCGGGAAAGGGCCAUACGAUUCGCGUAUCGCACCGAUCUGGGUCAUUCCUGACGUUGGAUACUCGAUCACCACGCAUGAAGAUAUGGCCAAGAAGAAACACUACACGCCUAAGGGAGUCCAUGGAUACAACAACACGGCAAUGCUGAUGCGCUCGCUCUUUGUCGGUACUGGUCCUUACUUUGAGUCCAAGCUUGGCGAGUCGUAUAAGGUGGUGCCGUUUGAGAACACCGAGGUUUACAAUAUUGUCUGUGAAUCUUUGAAUCUGAGUCCAAAUCCCAACAAUGGAACCCUGACGUCAUUCUUGACGUUGGACCAUGCUCUACCUUCCGACUGGACAGACUCCAAGACGUACCCGGACACAGACUUUGAGGUGGAAUUGAUGCAUUCCGAAGCCACGGUGGAUUUACUUUGGGGAAAAAAGAAGUCGGAUUCUACCGAGGAGCAAGAUAAGCCUGAGGAGCAGCAGGAGGAGCCGGAAACGAAACCGGAGGCGGCGGAACAGGGCGAUUCGCAAGGCGCUGACGAAAGUGACGACGAAUCAGACGACGAAGAAAAUGAAGAUGCAAAACAAGGUCACAAACAAGGCUCCAAAGACGACACGAAAAAUGAUUCCAGUGAUGACUCCAUAAGUGAUGGAAAAGAUAAUGAUGACGAAGACGAGGAAGAAGACGACGAAGACGAGGAGAAACCGUCCGGAUUCUCAUUCCACGAUCUGUGGCACUCCAUCGAAGAGACCGCAGAGGAAAUUGCAGAAGAGGUGGAAGAUUUCAUCGACGAUACAUUUUAA